AGCCGCAAAAGCCACCAAGUCCCUUGUCCCUGAGGCAAUUGUUGUACGAGUGCAAGGAGACGAUUUCGGGAGCUGUUAUGAUUCGCCAGAGGUUCCUCCACUUUGCUACACCGGCAUAUCUGGACGCUUCAGACGCUGAUAUCGAUUUUCAUAUCCAGGAGAUCGAGCGAUUCGAUGCUCACGCUAAGAGGAUCCUCAUCUAUUACUUGGACUAUUUGUGCCAAUGGGUGUUGUUAUUGCUGAGGGAUAAAUCCGGAGGAGGAUUAGGCGGAAGAAAAGGGGGAACCGGGCAAGAAAAGAGCUUGCUGGAC